CCAGCGCAUGCGCAGAGCAACAACCGAGUAGGCCGCGGCGCUACCCCUCCCGCUGCGCCCCGCUCCUAUCAGCGCCGCCGGAGCCCCGCCAGGCCACCGCAAUGAUGAUGAUGGCGCUGAGCAAAACCUUUGGGCAGAAGCCUGUUAAGUUCCAGCUGGAGGAGGACGGCGAGUUCUAUAUGAUCGGCUCCGAGGUGGGGAACUACCUGCGUAUGUUCCGGGGCUCGCUGUACAAGAGGUACCCCUCACUCUGGAGACGACUGGCCACAGUGGAAGAAAGGAAGAAGAUAGUGGCAUCUUCACAUGAAAAUCAGCGGUCUCACAGUCCCAGAAGAUAUCAUGGAUAUACAACAUUAGCCACCAGUGUGACACUGUUGAAGGCCUCUGAAGUGGAAGAGAUCUUGGAUGGAAAUGAUGAGAAAUACAAGGCAGUGUCUAUCAGCACAGAACCUCCCACCUACCUCAGAGAACAGAAGGCAAAGAGGAACAACCAGUGGGUGCCAACGCUGCCCAACAGCUCUCAUCACCUGGAUGCAGUGCCGUGCUCAACAACAAUUAACAGAAAUCGCAUGGGCAGGGACAAGAAGAGGACAUUCCCUCUGUGCUUUGAUGACCAUGACCCAGCAGUCAUCCAUGAGAACGCAUCCCAGCCAGAGGUUCUGGUUCCAAUCAGGCUUGACAUGGAAAUUGAUGGGCAGAAACUCAGAGAUGCAUUUACAUGGAACAUGAAUGAAAAGCUGAUGACCCCAGAAAUGUUCUCAGAGAUUCUUUGUGAUGACCUGGAUUUGAAUCCUCUGACCUUUGUCCCUGCUAUUGCCUCUGCCAUCCGACAGCAGAUCGAAUCGUACCCAACUGACAGCAUCCUAGAGGAUCAGUCAGACCAACGCGUUAUUAUUAAGCUAAACAUCCACGUAGGGAACAUCUCCCUUGUAGACCAGUUUGAAUGGGACAUGUCAGAGAAGGAGAAUUCACCAGAGAAGUUUGCCUUGAAGCUGUGCUCAGAGCUUGGUCUGGGUGGGGAGUUUGUCACUACUAUUGCCUACAGCAUCCGGGGGCAGCUGAGCUGGCAUCAGAAGACAUAUGCCUUCAGUGAAAACCCUUUGCCGACUGUGGAAAUCGCGAUUCGCAACACAGGGGAUGCUGACCAGUGGUGCCCUCUUCUGGAAACCCUCACAGAUGCCGAGAUGGAGAAGAAGAUCAGAGACCAGGAUAGAAAUACAAGGCGCAUGAGACGCUUGGCCAACACUGCUCCAGCCUGGUAAACUUCCUGUUGUGACACUGGUGCUCUUCCUACAGACUUUGUCCCUACUUCUCUCCCCAAGUGGAUCUAGGAUUGGCAGGGGUCUUACUGUCCCUCAGGGGACACACAUUCCACUUGCCAAGAGUUCCCUGUACUGCUGACUUCUGCCCCAUCCCCUCAGCCUAGAGGCCACGUACCAAGAAUGCUGCAUUAGCACCUGACCUAGCUGAGACUUGUGGCAGCUGUUGGAGCCCUCAUAUACCUGUGUGUGGACAGUGUAAAAAUACUUUUGUAUAGGUGCAACAUGCACUACUAGAACAACUUUUUAAAUAAAAGGAAUGCAUACUACUAA